AGUCAGACGGUCACCGGUGUCCCCUUGCUGCUGUUGGUGUCCCAUGAUUUUGUUCUUUUCACCAGACCCUCGUCCUCGUGCAGUGAUGUAGAAGCACUUCUGCAUCUUCUCUUCUCCCACCACUAGGCCCCUCUAUAAUAAGGAGCCAGCAAUUGAUGCUAUGCGGUAACAGUGCUAGCUCCAUGGCGUUCUUCAGCAGCGGAUCGCGGGCGCUGGUGGAAAUCCUGACGGGAUUGCAGAGUGUUGAACGACCUAUGCCUGUUGAUCAUACCUUGUUUGAGUUUGGAUCAAUCCGUUACCAUUUACAGGCUUCUAUUACAGAUUCAGAGAACAUAUACUUGUCAAUAUCAACACCAUCUCUUUCUUAUGAGGCUUCGCCAUCCAGCGGCUUGCCUGAAAUCACAUUACAGGAGACAAGGAAAAUGUAUCACAAGUUUGCAGAGAUCAUCGAGCCUGCAAAAGAAGGAUACACUUUGACACUGAGACUGAACUUCUCUGGCCUUACUCGACCGAAAGAUCGCACCAAGGCGAUCAACCAGAUAUCGUUGCUGCAAUCCGUCAUCCUUAGCUCGCAGCUCAAGGACAUGCUGGCGAGCCUCGGCUCGUCCGGCACGAUGAAGCUCGUGUACAACCAAAGGGACCCUUUCUUCGUCAGCAAAACGCCGGUGAAGAUAAGCGCCAUAUUCCCCAUGCGUUUCAGGGACGACACGGACCUGGCCAUCGCGUCGUCGUUCUUCCAGGACCUCGGGAGCACGUCGUCCUUCUCCAGGGCGCCGCGGUGCAGCUGGUCGCCGAUCCCGCCACCCGAGCUGCGCGGGGAGUACGUGCACCACCUCACCACCAACGGUGGCUUCGUGUCCUUCGACAUCCUGGCGCGGCACGUGAAGGGGAGGAGGGCGGCUAGGACGGCGUGGAUCCUGCUCAAUUUCCAGUCCUACGUGAAAUACCAUAUCAAGUGCACCCGAAGCUACAUCCAGAGCAGGAUGAGAAAGCGUCUGGAGAUCAUGACAGAGGUGAUCGAUGACGCGAAGUUCAGAGGAAACGAUGAGAGCAGCAAGAAGCUGCAAGUGAGGAAGAGAAGCAAGAGAAGAUCAAUCAAAUUCGCGAGAGCCAAAAAGCUCCAAAAGGGUUUCAAAGCUGUCAUCGACAAGAUCAAGCGGCUGCGGCUGAGGAUCAGAGUGAAAGGCCUGGACCGGUUCAGGAGGCACUGCCAGUGCUUCCCAGUGCUCAAACUGACCAUGGCACAGAGGAAGGAGCAGAAGUACCAGAAGCUGGAGUGAAUCCUAAUCAACUUUACGACUAAUCACUUUUUUUUUUCACAGCACAGGCACAAGCGUGGUGAUACAUGCAUGCUGACUCUUAUCCUUUUUCCAUACUGAUCAAGUAUACAAAUCUGGUGAGUGAUGAACAUCCAUUCAGAUGGAGGGCACUACCAUAGAAAAAGGCUAACAGGAGGACAGACAGUACACGGUUAUUUAAAAACCGUUACAUAUAUCUAAAAAAUAUCAUAGACGACUAUAUUAGGAAUUGUCUAUGAUAAAAAGCAUCUAGUGUGUUUUUUUUCUUUUGAAAAGCACGAAUGUGUUUUUUGUUAUUUUCACUUGUGGCCAAUCGUGCAUUGGAUUGUGGAAAACAUGCAUUUUCACUUGACGUACGUCAGGCAGUGACAAUACCUGUUCGCAACUGUGGUUGCCUCUACAUGAUUAUUAUGUACCUUCAGUUCCAAGUGUACUCCCUCCGUCCCAUAAAAAAUCAAUCUUUCGUUGUAUUAAAA